AUGGAGGAAUUCGUUGCUCCAAUUUUUCAUGUGUGGUUUCACCAAAACAGUCUCAUAUCCACUCCGGACAAGGGAAUCCUGUACAACUCUCGUUACGACGUUUCAUACAUACCUCCGUAUGAUUCGAACUGCUUGCCGAAGACGCGUAUGAUAAAUGUUCAGGGACUUGUUGCCGCUCUGGCUUGUUCUCCGGACUGGAGCGAACAACGUCUGUUCGCUACGCUGGAUGAGCGUAACUUGCUGACCGUGUGGGAUCUUGAUUCGCAGCAAGCGAUCAAAGGACACAGGGCACAUUUUAUAACAGCCGGCCAGGUCCAGACAUCCAAAAAACAGCACUCGAAUGUGUUUUCAGCGCUUUGCUUUACGAAGGAUGGGAAAUUGCUUUCCUGCGUUUAUUCCGAUCUCGUGGUGUACUGCUUGAUAACGGACAGAUACAAGAAGAUGCCGGACUUUUUCCGCAACAAAACCGUGGUCACACUGGAACCAUCACCGGUCGAUCGUGACGUGUUUAUGGCGGGCCUGAAAGACGGUUUGAUUCAGAUAUUUUCCAUCAAAAAGAUGGCUGUCCUGCACAGCCUCCGUGGACACGAUAAGGAGAUUGUUUCCAUCUCAUGUAUGAGUGUGCCAGUUCUGAAGCAAACAGUUUGGAGAAAGGAAAGCAAAGCUAUUGGCGGUAAGGAAGAAGCCGCUACAGGCAGUGCUACGAAAAGCGUCGGUAAGAACAGGCCAAAGAAACAGGCCCGAAAAAAAGCUGCGGUUGUAGCGGAAGAAUCCGAUUGCUUUGAUAUCUACGAUUUUAAUGAAAGCCUGGAAGAAUUUGGCACGAUCGUCGACCGUGAAUCUUUGGAUGAUAAGCGAGAUGAAUUCCGCGAGAAAGCGAAAACUGUGGAAGGUUUUAACUUCCUGGAGGCUUGUGAAAAUCUAAAAGAAGACAUCCUAAAAGCUGCUAGUCGUCGGGAGGACGAGGAAGAGGAUGACGAGGCUUUAGAGCGGUCUGCCUUAGCACAAGGAGAGUUCAAUACGGACGACGAAAAUGAGUUAGAUGAUUGCGAAAAGUUGAGAGAUUACGUGGUAGUCGGUGAUGAUGAUGCUCGAGAGGUCAAUGUGGAAACAGACGAAGAAGACGAUAAGGUAGACUACAAGCUAAUCCUGGUUAGCGGUAGCCGGGAGAAUAUUGUAUGGUUUUGGGACUACGAAACUGGCUUACCGAUCGACAAGAUAGUUGUACCUUCCAUUUCUACCGCUCGUCUUUGUGACACAUCCUUCACGAACGCGGUUUGGUUAGACGAGUCUUACAUCGUUGCUAACAACGCGAACGGACAGGUCAUCGAAUGGAAGGUAGAGUUCAAGUACAAGAACGAUCGAUUGCAUCUACUUGCCAAGGAAAGUUUGGCACCCUAUCCGGUGGAAAAAAUUUUCCAUGUGAUUCGCGCGGAAGGAAUUACCAAGACGGACAACAACGGCCGAUAUUUGUGGUGUUCUUCUAUCAAUCGGAAUCUAAUUUGCCUGCAGGUGACAGAAUCGGGAAAAGCGUCCAUCGUUUUAGAUUAUAGCUGUAUUACUACUUCAAACCGCUGUCUUGUGGAAAAUCCCCUGGAAUCUAUGGUGAUUGCGAUUUCGAGCUCACCAAGAAUUGAAAAGCUUAAUUUGACUUGCCUGCAGAGCGACAACAUUCCGUUCAAAUCGUUUACAAAUAAAAUUAAAGGUCUCGUCAUGAACAUCUGCUGGCAUCCGGAGGAAGAAGAAAAGCUUGCCUUUGGAACGAAAGAAGGACGGAUCGGCAUACUUGAUACUGACCAUUCGAACAACGUGCCCGUCAUCCUGAAACCAUUCACCAACAAAGAAGUUUAUGGGUUGCAAUGGUGCUAUUUAACCAAUGCUAGGCAGGAAAAGAGAUUGGUUUUGAUGGCAUGUAGUAAAAUUGAACUCGUUUACUAUCCAAUGUCCGGUGCCCAGAAAUAUGAACCCAUCAAAUGUUCCCAGUUUGGACAAGUAUCGGAGAUACAUGCGGUAAACAAUUUGUGCUUUUUGGGAACUCAGUGCGGGAGUCUGUACGUGAAUGAUUUGGAUCAGAAUCUUAAGCAGCUGUACUAUGGUAAGCUAUCUAAGCGGUAUAUAAGCUCGCUGGCGUUCAAAAAUAAUUAUCUGGCCGUCAGUUGCAAUGACAAUACCAUUCGGGUGAUCAACUUUAGCAAUGGAUUUUGUGAGGAAGCAGUAAAGGAAAGCACAUUGCUCGAAGGUCACACAGAUGGCGUAUGCAAGUUGCGAUGGAGUCGUGAUGAUACAAUGCUCUUGGUAAGCUGCAGCUUCGAUAGUACCAUCCGCGUAUGGGACGCGCUAUCAGCUACUUGCUUAAAAAUGUACCACACGGGAUCAAUUGCUUAUGCAGCAAUUUUUUCACCGUUGAACGAAAAUAUUAUACUUUAUGUUGGCAAAAGAUCCACGCUGUCGUCCUUCGAUUACACCAAACAGCACGAUGAACCGUCGAAAGCUAUUAAACAUCCUAAAUUAGUGUUGGCUGUAGAGGAUGUUACUAAACCGGUAGGUUCAAAACAAAAAAAGAAAAAAACGGCACGUGAAUUAAGCAAACUUAAAGAAGUGGCUGAUGGAAACGAUGUUGAUAGUGUCAUCGAUCAACUAACUGAUGGGGUGAAGAAAGUCAUGCUGAAGGAAGCAAAAGCAGCUGUGCCAGCAACGAGCAACCUAACGACAACAUUCCAGCUUACAAAUCGAGAAACGAACAAAACAAAAGAUGUUCUAGAGUGUAUCGUAAAAAUGUUACGUACACCGGACCCGGAACCUGAACGAGAACCGAUCGAUUAUUACAAUGAUGGGGAUUCUAGUGAUCAGGAUUGUUGCAGUGACUGUAUGGCAACCCCAGAACCGGUGGAAGUAAAACAACCGGCAGUGGAACCGGCAUCGUCGAAUGGGGAUGACGCCCAAACGGAGCAGGAAAAAAUGUUUUAUAAUCAAAAACUAUUUUCGACUCCUGAACACCUGAAGCAACUAAUAGCAGAAGAAGCAAAUUUGCACUCCAUCACGGAUACCACCUCGAUUGGGCUGGUAAUGUUACCACAGAUGCUACACAAGCUAAAGGAAACGAUUUUGGGGUGCAUUAGCAAGAAAAAGUUAACCCCACAAUUGUUGGCUUUGGCUCCGUACGUUUCGCACAUGUUUUGGCGACAGUGCUGUCAGGCUUAUGGUUAUCAAUUGAUUGAAAGUCAACAGUCACUAGCAGCCGUUCCCUUUUUCCUCGCUAGUCACAAGGCUGAUACAUCCAUUGAGGAGCUUUGUGAUGCGAAAUACUUUCGCGAAGCGUGGGUCAUCUGCAGGAUGAACAAAUUGCCCGAUGACCCAGUGCUGGAGCAAGUAGCUACCAAAUGGGCGAACCAUUUGAACGCUAUUGGGAACUAUGAAGCAGCAGCUCUUGUUUGGACGGGAAUCAAAAAGUAUAAGGAGGCUCUCGACGUUCUGACAAAGCGUCGAGACAUUACCGAGGACAUUCAACGUACAAUAGAAGAGUUGAAUGCUAAAUUGCAACACGUCGCUACGGGGAAGCACGAUUAA